UCCCGUGGUGCUUUGCGGGCUGAACUGAAGGCUCCGUUAAAGACAACAAUAGUUUUUGUUUUUGUGUCUUCUCCGGGUCUUUGGCGGCGUUAAACUCCACAUUCCAGCCCAGAGAGCAGCGGCGGAGCUGAGGAGGACGAGCGGAGCGGAGAGCGGUGAGCUUCACUCCGGCUCACAGCUCGCCAUGAUGGAUCAGGACUAUGAGUCCAGAUUACUGAGACAGAUCAACAUCCAGAAUGAGAACGCCAGUCCCAUAAAAGCCGUGGGGGCGGUGCGAUCUCUGACGCCCUCCAGCUCCCCGCUGUCCUCCCCCAGCAAGCACGGCGACCGCUUCAUCCCCUCCCGGGCCGGCGCCAACUGGAGCGUCAACUUCCACCGCAUCAACGAGAUCGAGAAGUCGCACAAUCAAAACCGCAAAACCAAAGAUGGAACCACCGACAGCAACAAAGCCGACGGCCUGGCGUACUCGGCCCUGCUGAAGAACGAGCUGCUGGGAGCGGGCAUCGAGAAGGUGCAGGACCCCCAGUCGGAGGACCGCCGCCUGCAGCCCUCCACCCCCGCCAAGAGGAGCCUGUUCAGUUACUCUGUGAGUGCGAAGCGCUCCCUGCCGGAGGAGGACGGGAACACGGUGUCUCCGUACUCUCUGUCCCCCGUCAGCAGUAACAGCCAGAAGCUGCUGCGGUCGCCCCGGAAACCCACCCGCAAGAUCUCCAAGAUCCCCUUCAAGGUGCUGGACGCCCCGGAGCUGCAGGACGACUUCUACCUCAACCUGGUGGACUGGUCCUCGCUCAACGUGCUGAGCGUGGGGCUGGGCACCUGCGUGUACCUGUGGAGCGCCUGCACCAGCCAGGUCACCCGUCUGUGCGACCUCUCGGUAGAGGGAGACUCGGUGACGUCGGUGGGCUGGUCGGAGAGGGGGAACCUGGUGGCGGUCGGCACCCACAAGGGCUACGUCCAGAUCUGGGACGCAGCGGCGGGGAAGAAGCUGUCCGUCCUGGAGGGACACACGGCCAGAGUGGGCGCUCUGGCCUGGAACGCCGACCAGCUGUCGUCCGGCAGCCGCGACCGCGUCAUCCUGCAGCGGGACAUCCGAGCCCCGCCCCUCCAGUCGGAGCGCCGCCUGCAGGGCCACCGGCAGGAAGUGUGCGGGCUGAAGUGGAGCACGGACCACCAGCUGCUGGCCUCGGGGGGCAACGACAACAAGCUGCUGGUGUGGAACCACUCCAGCGUGCUCCCCGUGCAGCAGUACACCGAGCACCUGGCGGCGGUGAAGGCCAUCGCCUGGUCGCCUCACCAGCACGGCCUGCUGGCGUCGGGCGGCGGCACGGCCGACCGCUGCAUCCGCUUCUGGAACACGCUGACCGGCCAGCCGCUGCAGUGCACCGACACCGGCUCCCAGGUCUGCAACCUGGCCUGGUCCAAGCACACCAACGAGCUGGUCAGCACGCACGGAUACUCCCAGAACCAGAUCCUGGUGUGGAAGUACCCCUCCCUCACUCAAGUGGCCAAACUCACCGGACACUCCUACAGAGUGCUGUACCUGGCCAUGUCUCCGGACGGCGAGGCCAUCGUGACGGGAGCCGGAGACGAAACGCUUCGCUUCUGGAACGUCUUCAGUAAAAUGAGGUCCACCAAGGAGUCGGUGUCGGUGCUGAACCUGUUCACCAGGAUCCGGUAGUCUGACUGUUAAUAAAGCGGCUGGAGUUUGUCUUUGCAUGUACCAAGUCAGCGAGCCUCCUGGACCCUGAAACCUGAACCUCCAACCCUCCAGAACCCUGAACCCUCCAGAACCCUCCAGAACCCUGAACCCUCCAGAACCCUGAACCCUCCAGAACCCUGAACCCUUCAGAACCCUGAACCCUUCAGAACCGUCUACCCUGAAUCAUCCUGAACCCUGAACCCUCCAGAACUGUCAACCUUGAACCCUGAACUCUGAAUCUUCAUGAACCCUGACCCCUCCUGAACCCUGACCCUGGAGGCUCGUCCACUGCCCUGCUUUAUUUUGAGAAGUGUUUGCUGACGGCGGCCCGGCCCGGGCCGGCCCGGCCUCCAGGUGCCUCUGAACAGUGUUGGCCUCCAGCAGGCCUCCAGCGGACUGCCGCUCCGCCCCGUGUCCCCGUGUCCCCGUGUCCCCGUGUCCCUGUGUCUCCGUGUCCCCGUGUCUCCGUGUCUCCGUGUCCCCGUGUCCCCGUGUCCCCGUGUCCCCGUGUCCCCGUGUCCCCGUGUCCCCGUGUCCCCGUGUCUCCGUGCUCGGUUUACAGAGACUGUGUGCAGACCUGCCAAACGUUGAUUUGUCUUGAUGCUCUUAUUUAUUUUCUUUUCUGCGGUUGAUUCUUUUCACUCUGGUUCUUUAGCGUUUGGCGGCCGAGCGCUGAGCCCGACAGGCGGUCGGCUCCAGCUCCGGCCUCCUGGGAAAAACGUGUGUUUUUGUAUUUUUCCGUCUCAAUCUCUCAUUUAACACGAUAACAGAUGACAUGAUGA